AUGACGAGAGUGAUGAAGGAAUUAUGGGCUCAACUGGGAUCAUCAAUUGCUAGCUUGAUGUUCCUCUGGGCCAUGUUUCAUCGCUACUUUCCCCGUCAUCUUCAGGCCUCCAUUGCAAGACUCUAUGAUAGAUUGUCCAGCUUAUUCUACCCUUACAUUCAGAUCAGAUUCCAUGAGUUCUCUCGAGAUAGUUUCAGGCGCAAUGAGGCCUACAGUGCCAUUGAAAGCUACCUGGGUUCCAAGUCCACCAAACAAGCCAAAAGGCUUAAAGGCAACGUCCAGAGAAACAGCAAGUCGGUAGUCCUUACCAUGGAUGAUCAUGAGGAGGUUUCAGAUGAGUUUCAGGGCAUCAAGCUUGUGUGGUCUUUGAUAAAGCUUGUCCCCACUACACAGUCAUUUUCCUUCUAUCCUGCAACCAGUGAGAAGAGGUAUUAUAAGCUCACCUUUCACAUGAAGUACCGGGAAAUCAUCACAGGGUCUUACCUGAAAUACGUGGUGGAAGAGGGGCAGGCUAUUGCUUUUAAAAACCGGCAGAGGAAGCUUUACACUAACAAUCCAAGCCACAAUUCUAACAGCUCAAGGACCUUGUGGAGCCAUGUUGUUUUCGAGCACCCUGGCUCAUUUGAGACAAUGGCAAUAGAUCAAAAGAAGAAAGAGGAAAUUAUGGAUGACCUGACUACGUUUAGCAAGGCCAAAGAGUACUAUGCGAGAAUCGGGAAGGCUUGGAAGCGUGGAUAUCUCCUUUAUGGACCCCCUGGGACAGGUAAAUCAACCAUGAUAGCCGCCAUUGCUAAUUUUCUGAAGUAUGAUGUUUAUGAUCUCGAGUUAACUGCUGUGAAGAGUAACACUGAAUUGAGGAAGCUACUGAUUGAGACGUCAAGCAAGUCCAUCAUUGUGAUAGAGGAUAUUGAUUGCUCACUUGAACUUACUGGUCAAAGGAAGAAGAAAAACCAGAAAGAUGGGAACAAGGAAGAGACUGAUCCCAUUAAGAAAAAGGAAGAAGAGGAAGAUGGUGGAAGGCAGAACAGCAAGGUCACUCUAUCUGGGCUUUUGAAUUUUAUUGAUGGCAUUUGGUCAUCUAGUGGGGGUGAAAGACUCAUCAUAUUUACUACUAAUUAUGUGAAGAAACUUGAUCCAGCUCUCAUUAGGAGAGGAAGGAUGGAUAAGCACAUUGAGCUGUCCUACUGCAGCUUUGAAGCUUUCAAAGUCCUGGCAAAGAAUUACUUGAAUAUCGAAUCACACCCCUUCUUUGAAACUAUUGGCAGCUUGUUGGAGGAAAUCAGCAUGACUCCUGCUGAUGUUGCAGAGAAUUUGAUGCCAAAGACCAUCAAAGGAGAUUCUGAGACCUGCUUAGAAAGCCUGAUUCAAGCCCUUGAAGCUGCCAAGAAAGAGAGUAUCAAUGCUAAGGAAGAACUGAAGUUGAGAGCUGCUAAAGACAGUAAGGGAGAGGAAUCAUCAGCUAAAGAAGCAGUGGGAGAGAAGGAACCAGUGGCAGAGGAGGAAGUAAAGGAAAAAUCCAUUGGCAUCUGA